UCGCUCCAGUCUCCUCCACGUCCUCGCUAUCUCUUCCUCCGCAAUCUCCUGUAACUUCUCACGAAUUAUGCGAUCUGCAAGUCUACCACACUCGGAAAUCUCAGAAGCACUCAAGUGACUAAAUCCUUCUCUCACACACUUCACAAAUGUCUCCACGUGGGAGUCCCACACAGACAAAUCAUACAGUUCAACAUCGUCAUUACACAAUGUCUCCUUAGCCAUAUAUCUUAGCUCCUCUCUAAAACCCUGCUGUCGCUUGAAAAGUUCGAUAGCAUCAUCUGCUAUCUUGGUGAUCAGACCCUGUUGGGGGUGUUCCAUUUCGCCGCAGAACUCAUCGGACAGCCUUUGGAUUUCUGCUAUGUAUCUUGCGAUGCGUUCAUCCGCUUCCGAAGUAUUCAGGUUGUCUGAGGCAGGCGUAUCUGGACUUGUGUCUUGCGGGUCGUCCGACUGAGGUUGUUUUUCUUUGCCGCUUUCUGGGGGCAUCGUGAUUCUAUCUGAUCGAUAUUGGGUUGAAGGCACUUGAUAGACGUGGAUUCAGAUGACGUUGAUCUUUUGAGAAAGAAAGUCUGUGAUGAAUCGCGGAAUAUUAUAUCAUUCAUGGGUGGAAUGAAUUGCACGGGUGAAUUGCAGGUGAUGAAGGCACACGAAUCUCUGUAAUGGUCAUGGGGAUUUCCGUGGCAAUCAUAUGAUCUCGGGAAUGCCCGACCGACGAUCCAAUAUUCUAUAUGCAGCUCCAUCUUCCUGAUCCUGAUCUGUUUGACACACACGGGAAUGCCGCGUACGAAUAAAGAUAGGCCCUACUGCCGAAGGCUGUGUCGCACAUCGCCUUGUCACCAGAACGUUCGCACCUUAUUUCAUAUUCCCAGCCAGCUCUUUGACGAUGAUUUCGACGUGCUUCUGCACCCACCCUUCCAUCUCCGCUUCGAGCAUCUCAUUGCACUUGCGCUUGAUAAAUUUCUGAAAGUCCUGUUCACUAGCCACCUUCCCAAUCUUCUCAACAAUCAUGCGUUCGUAGCGAGAGUCGCUUGUGAAAUGCUGCACCUCACGAGUAACCAUACGUUUCAGGCCAUCUCCGAACAUAUCCAUCAACUUAUCGCUCUCCAUAAAUGUGCGAACCUCUCGCUCAAUCAUCACCUCGGACAUCUCGUAGAAGGGUCCGAGGCUGGCUUUGUCCAAUUCGUUGUUGAAAAUGCUCUCCACCGUAGCCUUGAGCGCCUUAUCUGUAGUUGGUUGUGUGUACAGGUUGGUGCGAGACGGCAUUCGCUUGACUUGCUGUCGAUCAUGUGCGCGCGAGGUGGAAUUGUUAUCGUGGAAUGGAUUUUCCUCACCCAUCUCUUCGUCGGUCAUCAUGGUGCUUGAGAGUUGUCGGGACUUUUGGUAGUGAUGGACGCAGAGAUGAAGGAGCGGCGGGCCUUGUGACAUAAGACGGCCAGAUUGAUGCGAUAUAGGCAGAAGGUCGUCGAGGAUUGCUUCUGGGCGAGACAGCAAUGUUCGAUGGCAAUCUUGAGCAAACCGCGCUAGUAAGCUGUGAUGACAGGGGUCUGGCUGGUGGUAAACAAAAUGCUCUUCUUGGGCUCUGACAUCGUACCAACCCUCAAGGACUUCAGUUCUAACUUUGAGAGAUGUUUUCCGGCAGCAGUAUGCGAAUUUCAAGUCUGACAACCACC